AGCAAAACCUGCGUGACCGAAACUCCCACACAUUUACACAAUUUUUACUUAUUACUAACACACCCUCACAAAUCAUUUAAUUGCGUAAAGAGUCUAUCCGCUGUGCCUUUUGAUUGUUUUAUAUUACAAGCUCUUCACACAACAUCUUUUCUAUAAAAACAAAACAAAAGAAGACAAACUGAUUUUGGACUUGCCACUGUUUAUGGAAAACGAUGCAUGUAAAAGUAUACAACAUGAUAACAUGAUUGUUUACAUUCGUUUAUUCGUUGCGAAAAUUCGAAUUCAAAGAAAAAGAAAUUCGGCACGCGUGUUAAAUUGUGAAAAAUUUGUAUUCAAAUUAAAUUGGGUUAUAUUUGAUGAAAAAAGUGAUUAAAAACGUGAUUAUAAAAGUGGUACAUAUAUAAUUUGAAAAGAUGGAAAAUAUAUUUGACGAAAUUGACUUAGAGGAUUGUCCAACAACGUCUUCAACUCCCGCAAAAGACCAAUUACAUUUAAAGCGUAAAAAGUUUAACACGUCUGGUUGCUACAAUACAGAGGUCAGCAUUUCAAAACGACCUGUGGAAGGAAACGAGGUUAUUGACAUUUUAACCACUAUUUCCAAACAGCUUGACAAUUUGACGACGAGGGUAUGCGAUUUGGAAACUAAAAUCGAUAAGCAUUUAAAAGAAAAUAUUAUUCAUAAAAGUGAAGAAAUGGCGCAGCAAAAAACGGUUCGUGAAUGCAAGGUCCUCAUCCGCAAAAUUCAUCAAUCGGUAUGCCGAAUGACUGGUGAAGAUGUCGACAACGUUCAAACAGAAAUUGCUUCCACCCUACCAUUAAAUACGCUUGCUGCAGCUUUGGAAAUGGACGAAAAAUUGAAAUGCGACGAAUUUGCUGCUACAACGAAACAAUUCGUUUUGAGGAUAAAAGGUACUUCAGAUAGUGUACAUGAUGUGUUGCGAAGUCUGUACACUGAUGAACUACUUUAUUUAUGUAACUGGGACGGUAGGGGUGGGAAGCAACCUCUCUCCAAAUUCCUGCUGGUUUCCAACAUUUUAUACGAUUCAUUCAUAACGUAUGGAUUGGCAAUGUUCGAAAAACAAGUUCGAAAAGCCAUUGAAAUGAGCCACCAUAGGCACAAACAAAGAAUUUAUAGGAAGAGGAAAACUGAGGAGUGAACCCUUUAAAUAUUUAAUAAAAAGUUACAUGCAUUUCUGAUAUAUUAAAAAUAAUUAUUUUAAUACAUACUAGAUUUUAAGAAAGCAUUGCAAAGCAGGAAUUGAAUUAAUAAUGAAAUAUUUAUUUUAAUUUAAACUUUAAUGUAAUUUUUGUUAAAAAUGAUUUGAAAAAAAAUUAAAAAUUAAAAAAAAAAAAAAAUCUUUUAUUUUGAGAUUCGAACUCGAGUCUCACGGAAUACCAAGCCGUGCGUUUAACCACUAGGCUAGUAUAGCAGGCAGCGUCGCGCUUUCCUGGAACCAGUUUUCCCCGUUUGCCUUAAAUUUAACUAAAGUGUGAGUAGUGAGGAUAUAGUUUUAUUGUAGCAGAAAAUGUGUGCUCAAGAAGGUGAUAAAAAAUCACAUGUAUACAAAAGUUUUGGGAGGUUUUUUGAUUCGCCCUUAAGAACGUGAUAGGAAAGUGUGACAAUUAAACCUGCACGCGUUACCGGCAUGUCACUAGGUAACAUGACCGUCACUGUUCUA